AUGUCCGCAGCUGCAGGUGCUUCAGCACGCAAACCGAUGCCCUCGGCAUUGACCUUUGAUCUGGUCGCCAAAUGCUCUACCACCAAAGCCCGAGCCAGCACGCUCCAUCUCCCUCAUGGCUCUGUGCCGCUCCCAAUCUUCAUGCCUGUCGCCACUCAGGCGUCCCUCAAAGGUCUCACCUACGACCAGCUCGCCCAAACCGGAUGCAAGCUCUGCUUGAACAAUACCUACCACCUCGGUCUCAAGCCGGGACAAGCGGUGCUGGACCAGGUGGGCGGAGCACAUAAAUUGCAGGGAUGGGAUAGAAAUAUCUUGACGGAUAGCGGUGGCUUCCAGAUGGUCUCCUUGUUGAAGCUCGCAAAAGUCACCGAGGAAGGCGUGCGCUUCCUCAGUCCACACGACGGCACCCCAAUGCUUCUCACUCCCGAACACUCCAUCUCGCUGCAAAAUUCUAUCGGCUCGGAUAUCAUCAUGCAGCUCGACGACGUCAUCGUCACCACAUCGCCCGACCACGAACGGAUGAAAGAGGCCAUGGAACGGUCGAUCCGGUGGCUAGAUCGAUGCAUUGCCGCCCACAAAUACCCGGAACGCCAGAACCUGUUCUGUAUCAUCCAGGGCGGUCUUGAUCUUGACCUGCGGAGAAAGUGCACCGAGGAGAUGGUGGCUCGAGAUACGCCUGGCAUUGCCAUUGGCGGCCUGUCUGGGGGUGAGGCCAAAGAGGACUUUUGCAAAGUGGUUGACACGUGUACCGGAAUGCUUCCUGAGAAGAAACCACGAUACGUGAUGGGCGUGGGCUACCCUGAGGACCUCGUCGUCUCAGUCGCCUUGGGCGCAGAUAUGUUCGACUGCGUCUGGCCUACGCGAACGGGGCGCUUCGGAAACGCUAUCACGCCAUAUGGCGUGAUUAAUAUCCGCCACGCGUCCUACGCGGAGGACUUUUCGCCCAUUCAGGACGGAUGCACCUGCACAUGCUGUCGACCCAAAGAGGAAGGCGGCCUCGGGAUAACAAGAGCAUACGUUCACCACCUUGUGGCGAAAGAGACGGUGGGAGCGCAUCUACUCACCAUGCACAAUGUUCACUACCUCCUCUCUCUCAUGGGCUCUGUCCGACAAGCAAUCAUUGAAGACCGAUAUCCGGCGUUUUUGCGCGAAUUUUUCGACAAAUUAUAUGGCCACCGGAGCAAAUCGCCCGAGUGGGUGAUUAAUGCCUUGCGUGGUGUCGGAGUAGAUUUGCUGGCGGAGUAA